UCUUCUCUCACUAAAACAUUCGGCAACCUCUCUAUCUAUACUUUUCUCCACCUAGUUCAAACUCCACUUUCUCAAUACUCAUUUCCAAUCCAAACAAAAAAACACUUGCAACUUUCACUUACACUUGAGUUGGUUUUUAUUUCAUUUUUUAUAACCGAGUGUCAAGCCAGAAGUUAGUCUUUCCUUCUCUAUAAAUUCUUGCAAAAAUGUUUAACUUUUCUGGCGACGGUGGCGACUUCUUUUCCCGUCGAUGUGUCUGGGUUAACGGGCCGGUCAUAGUCGGAGCGGGCCCGUCCGGGCUCGCCGUUGGAGCUUGCUUGAGGGAAGAAGGAGUGCCCUUUGUAGUCCUCGAAAAAGCAGAUUGCAUUGCUUCUCUCUGGCAAAAAAGGACUUAUGAUCGCCUCAAGCUUCACCUCCCAAAGCAGUUUUGCCAGCUCCCCAAAUACCCAUUCCCUGAUCACUUCCCAGAGUACCCAACCAAGAAACAAUUCAUAGACUACCUCGAAUCAUACGCCAAGAAAUUCGACAUUAACCCACAAUUCAACGAGUGUGUUCAAUCGGCUAAGUACGAUGAGGCCUGUGGGUUGUGGCGAGUCAAGACGGUUUCUAUCUCUGGGUCCGAGGUCGAGUACAUUUGCCAGUGGCUCGUGGUGGCCACCGGAGAGAAUGCAGAGUGUGUCGUGCCGGAGAUUGAAGGGUUGAAAGAAUUUGCCGGCGAAGUUUUACAUGCUUGUGAGUACAAGUCCGGUGAAAAGUUCACCGGAAAGCGAGUUCUUGUUGUGGGUUGUGGGAAUUCCGGCAUGGAAGUCUCUCUUGAUCUCUGCAACCACAAUGCCAAACCAUCCAUGGUUGUUCGAAGCUCGGUUCAUGUACUGCCAAGAGAAUUUUUUGGGACUUCGACGUUCGAAUUGGCGAUAUUGAUGAUGAAGUGGUUGCCCCUUUGGCUAGUAGACAAGAUUUUGUUGAUUUUGGCACGGUUGAUUCUGGGAAAUACAGAGAAAUAUGGGCUAAAAAGGCCAUCAGUUGGACCAAUGGAGCUCAAGAACACUCAAGGGAAGACCCCUGUUCUUGACAUUGGUGCACUGCAAAAGAUCCGAGCCGGUAACGUUAAGGUUGUUCCUGGAAUCAAGAGGUUCUCAUGCGACAUGGUCGAACUCGUUAAUGGUGAAAAGCUCGAAAUCGAUUCGGUUGUUCUUGCCACUGGGUACCGCAGCAAUGUCCCUUACUGGCUACAGGAAACAGAGUUUUUCUCCAACAAUGGAUUCCCAACAGGGUGGAAAGGAAAGGCUGGGCUCUAUGCUGUUGGGUUCACAAGAAAAGGGCUCUCUGGUGCAUCCUCAGAUGCUAUGAGAAUAUCACAAGACAUUGGCAAGGUCUACAAAGAAGAUCUGAAACAGAAAAAGCAGAAAGUCCCUUGCCAUCGGCGUUGCAUUUCGACGUUUUGAUGAAUCAACCAAUUUUGGUGUCUGACUAAUCUAAUCUGCAACUAAUUUCCCUUUUGAAUUUUGUGUAGUUUUUUUUUUUUAUGGGUAGGAAAAACAGUGACAUGUUUGGUGUAAAGAUAAUAAAAAUGUAUUAACAUACAGAGAAAGAAACAAACAGAUAGUAGCAUAGAGACUAGCCCUAUCCAAAAAGCCCCCAAGUUUUGAGAAUGUUAGGGCAUUUUGUACACUUGAGGAUGAUGAGGCUUCUUUUUUCUUCUUUCUUUCUUUUUGUUCAGUUUUGAAGUUUCACUGGGCUUUGUAAAGUUGUUUACUUAUCAAUUGCAAUGAAAAGAUUUUCCC